GGGAUAUACUCUCCAAUUUUGUAUAAAAACGUGAACAGACUGGACUGAAAUUAUCAGUUUACCAACUGUUUUCAGCAAGUUGACUACUACUCCAACAUGAAAUUCUUGAUCCUCGCCGCCCUUUUCGCUGUCGCUGCCGCCGAUUCUUACAGGUCAGCCGAAUACGCUCCCAAGUAUGAAGCUCCGGCAUACAAAUCUACAUAUGAAGCAAAAUACGAGACUCCCCAACCUUACGACUUCAGCUGGGCCGUCAAUGAUUACUACAACGACUACGAACACUCUGAGAAGAGCGACGGCAAUGUCGUAACCGGAUCAUACCGCGUCGUCCUUCCCGACGGCCGCACCCAAAUUGUCACCUACAGGGCUGACAGCUACGGAUAUGUCGCCGACGUCAAGUACACCGGUGAAGCCAAGUAUCCCGAAUACGUCGAAAACAACUACAAAGCUACCACCUACUCCGCCCCAGCUUACAAGCCCACCGCUCCCACCUACUCCGCUCCUGCUUACAAGCCCACUGCUCCCACUUACACCGCUCCCACAUACACUGCCCCGGUCAAAAAUGGUCCCACCUACACCGUCACCGCUCCCACAUACUCUGCCCCGGCCCCGGCUUACACCGCCACUCCGGUCUACAAAGCCCCCGCAGUCCAGCCCCAGUAUUAAAUUGCAAGUAAUUGAAACCGCUGAAAUGUGUGUAUCUAAACUUAUUAUUUAAUACAAAAAUUCAAUUCGA